CAACAUCCUCCACACAUGACACAGUCUGCGUGCUCUGCGUGUUCUUCAGCGUGUUCUUCCGAGGCGGACUCCCGGGAUCUGGCUGAGAUGGAAGGUUCCGUGGUGGAGAGCAAAACGGGCUUCUACCACAUCCACAAGCUUCUGGACCGAGGAACCAGCAGCCACGUCUUCAAGUGUAAAAACCUGGCCACCGCCAAGGACGUGGCUCUCAAAGUCCACAAGAACUAUGCGCUGUUUGAAAACGAGAUCGAGAUGCAGGAGAUCGUGAGCGUGCUGGACCCGGACAAGAAGAGCAUCGUGGAGUUCAUCGAGACCUUCACCUUCAACCGACACCCGUGCCUGGUCUUCGAGCUUCUGGACACCAACUUGUUCAGCAUGGUGCUGGAUAAGAAAUGGAAGACCUUCGCGCCCAACGACAUCCGGCCCGUCGCCCAACAGAGUAUCGGGGUGAUCCACACGGACCUCAAGUCGGACAACAUCAUGCUGGUCAACCACAGCGCCGCGCCCUUCAGGGUCAAGCUGAUCGACUUCGGGCUGUCCAUCUGCACCGUGGACGCGCCCCUCAGCUACGGCGUGGCCCUGCAGCCCAUGGGCAACAGGGCGCCGGAAGUGGCCCUCGGUCUUCCCUUCUCCGAGGCCAUCGACAUGUGGUCCCUGGGCUGCGUCCUGUCCUUUUUGUACCUGGGAAAUUACCUCUUUUUGGCAAACUCCAACUACAACAUGCUGCGGAGCAUGAUCGAGGUGGUGGGUCGCAUCCCCGAUCAUCUGCUGACCGCCAGCAAAAACACUCACAAGUACUUCAAGAGGAGCGACCGAGACAACGACGGCGAUCAUCCCAAAUGGCGGCUCAUGCUCAAGCCGGAGGUCGGCGAGCCGGUGGAGUUGGAGGAUCGCAAGGCCUUCGUGGACCUGCUCAAGUGUCUUCUGCAGAUGGACCCCGAACGCAGGAUCACCCCCGAGGACGCGCUCAAGCACCCUUUUCUCACCAUGAGCCACCUGAGCCAGCACAAAGCCGCCAGCUCGUAUGUGACUGACAGCUUUGACAAAAUGAAGUUCUGUCCAACAAGCACCUCGGAGAAGGAAGAGCCGGAGCGUCGGUCCGAUUCGGGUCAAUCGCUCAAGUCGAGGAACUGGCGUCAAAGGCUCUGCGGUUUCCUCGGCGCCAAAAAGACGGGCGCGCCGGCGAGGCCGCCGAAUUCCGCCGCGGCGGACAGCCGGCCGAAGGCCCGCUGGCGGAAAUUGGCUCAGGUCUUCGGGACCCGCCGGAAGCCGGAUCGACCCCCGCCCGCCGUGGGCCCGCGGGGGCCGAGUCGUCCCGAUCGAGGUCCGGAGCUUCGGCCCGAGAAGAUCUGGUGGCAUAAAAUCUGUCUCUUCUUCCGAAUGAAUCGCAUCGUUCCGGAAGCGUGCCGCAUUCCCCUCCGGCAAGGCGGAACGCCCGUACGGGUCCGCGCCCGGCGGGACCGGGGCCGCCAUUCCGGCGGCGAAAAGUCGCCGCAAGAUGACCGCGGCGGCGUCGGCGACGACGGGUCGCCGAGACUCAACCGGUCCACGCAAAUGCACGACUCGUCCCAUCUUCGCGACGGCGGCUCAGGAGGAGCCGGCGAGUCGACGCGAGUUCGCCGACGGUCGGCGGGAGCUCGCCGGGACCCGUCGGCGCGAGUCGGCGACCGGUCCCCGGGAGCUCGGGAGACGCCGUCGCGGGCGAACGACGACAAAGGAUCCCGAGCUAACGAGCGGCGGUCGCCAGCGAAGCGCUCAUCCCCACCCGAGGACGCGACGGCGCCGGUCGCCGAGACGCCGCCAGCUCGCGCCCGGGCGCGCGUUAAAGACCACCCGCCGCUGCCGAACAAGCCCUUACGAGCUCGAAAUGACAAGUUGCCGCACAGCGACAAGUCAUCGCGAGCUAAAAAUGACGCCUUGCCGCGGGCGGACAGGUCGGCGCGCGUUAAAACGGACGAGCCGUCGCGAGUUUGCAAGUUGCGGGUGAAAAGGGAUCCGGCGUCGCCGGCGAGCAAGUGGCAGGUCAGAAACGACGCCGCCUCGCAAGUCGGCAGGCCGCGAGCCCGUCGCGGCAAGUCGUCGCCGGUUUGCAAGCCGACUUGA